AUGUUUGGACUGCUGAGGGCAUGGUAUGCGUUGCUCCUGGCCUGGCCAGUGGUCGGAUGGCGGAUGCGAUGCUUGAUGCCGGUCGUGGUUAGUGCCGCUGCCGCCUGCCUCGACUCGAUGGCCUCGGCCGCCUGCCUGCUCGCAGCUCUGGCCGCCUAUGGCUACGUGGUGAUCAAGGGCACGGCACGAUAUGCAGCAUCGUGGCGACGCCCGCUCUCGUUUGGUGACGCGAUUCGGUCCGAGUUUCAAUGGGGCCGCCGAUGGGUGUGGCAGAGUCGGAAGGUCGCCAGCGUGGUCGCUGCCUCUCUCGCCACAGUUGGGCUGACCCGCGAUGUGGCCCUGGGCGCAGGCCUGGUCUUUCUGGCGUGCAUUGAAGCUCGCCUGUAUGCUGCGCUAUUUGCUGGCCGGCGCGACUGGAUCGAACUCGAUCCACAUGCCCAGGCUGUUGUCUCGCUGGCGGUGGUUGGUGACGCUUUCGACGCUGGAUCCGCGACGGCGGCGACGGUAGCAUCAGCCAUCGGGGAGACUGGCGAGGUGGUAGUACCGACGCAAGACGCCGCGCAUGCUUUUCUGGCUUCUCACGGCUUGAAGCAUAGUCUCCGGCUCGAUCAGGCUGGUCAGCGAUGGCAGUGGCGUGCAUGUACCACGACGUCGGCGCCGUGCCCCAUGAUGUAUGCUGUCAACAUACUCGGGCUCAACACGCCGCCGUGCUGCGCAACACGCAUGAUGGAGCUCAUAGGUCGAAUCGGUGAGGUCAUGCAUGCCAUGGGCAUUGUUCAUCACUGGCUCGACGGCGGUACCUUGCUUGGCGCUGUCCGCGACGGCGGCCUCAUUCCAUGGGAGGACGAUGUUGACAUCGGGUUUUAUGACGUGGACCUAUCGCCGGACACCGACCUUGUGCAAGGCUCGCCGUUUAUGCAGCGCCUGCAAGCCGCAGUCACGGCCGCCUUUGGCGGCGUGGCCAUCGUCACCUCAACCGCCAACAUCCACAUAUUUUACCAUGUUGCCCUCAGUCACGGCCACCCGCUCUCUACUGAGCACGAGAUGCUGCGGCACGGGCUGUGGAAUGCACCUCGCAUCGAUCUGGUUCCCUACUCGCGGCACGAGUCUGUCGACGGCCGGGUCUUCCUCCGCCGCAAGGGCGCAAAGGGCGUUGUCGGCGACCUCUCGCUCUCGCCGGGCUUUCCAGUCGACCUCAUCCUCCCGGUCGCCAACGCAAACGUGGCGUCGAUGCAGGCAAGUGUCCCGGCGCAGCCCAUUGCCUUUCUCGAGUUCCUCUACGGUCCUGGAUGGACGACACCGGUGUACACCUACCUCAAGACCGAGACCGCCAAAUACAUCCGCCGCCUCGCCGACGAGCACCACCUCGGGUGCCUCAACGACGGCAGCUCAAGCUCGGACGACGACUCGGGGCCCGACUGGGACGACUUUUGAGCACGCGCUGCUGCUCACUCGCCAAGCUGCGGGAGAAGCGACACCGGCUCGAUGCUCAGCACGUGGCCGGUCGCCUCCUU